AUGUGUGAUUUUUGCGACGCUGCCUACUGGUACGACCUCGGCGAAAAGGAGAUCAACGAAGCCCUAGACAAGCAGAUCCUAUCGAACGUGGCCCAAAACGUUAUUUUAUUUCUGGGAGAUGGAAUGGGAAUAGCGCCGGGAACAGCUGGCAGGAUUUUCAAAGGGCAGAGAAAUGGCGUCUCUGGAGAAGAGGACUAUUUGGAAUGGGAAAGGUUCCCGAACAUCGGCCUCGUGAAAACAUACAAUCUCGACAUGCAAGUGCCAGACAGUGCCGGCACCUCGACCGCCUUCCUCUCGGGCGCGAAGGCCAAUUUCCACACCGUGGCCGUCACAGGGCGGGUCGGGAAAGGUGACUGCGCGGCUUCCUUGAAAUCCGAAAACAGUGUCGAUAGCAUUGUCAAGUGGGCUCAGGACGCGGGUAAAGAGACUGGCUUCGUCACAACAACACAGGUGACUCACGGUACGCCGGCAGGCCUAUAUGCCAAAUCUCCAAACCGGAAGUGGCAGUGUGACACGGCAGUCAAGAAGGCCGGACCAUCUGCAGUUGCAUGCAAGGACAUCGCGAGACAGCUGGUUGAAGACGAACCAGCUAAGAAUAUGAAAGUGAUCAUGGGCGGCGGGAGGGAGGAGAUGGGCGCGGACACGACCUCCUCCAGAGCCCACACGAAGCAGGAGUGCGUGAGGGGCGACGGGAGGAACCUGGCGAAGGAGUGGCGAGAGGAGAAGAGGUCGAGGGGGAGGAGCCACGCCUACGUCACGACCACCGGCGAGCUGCGGCAGGUUGAGGUCGAGAAGACGGAGUUCCUGAUGGGCCUCUUCGCUGACCUCCACAUGCCCUUCGAGGUCGACCGGAACACGAGCCUGGACGGAACCCCUGACCUGAGGGAAAUGACCUCGGCUGCGAUGAGGAGGUUAAGGAGGAGUGAAAAGGGGUUCUUUCUCCUGGUGGAGUCCGGCAGAAUCGACCACGGACUCCACUACAGCCAACCCCGACGCGCCCUUGAGGAGAUCCUGGCCAUGGAGGAGGCGCUGAAGGAGACACUGGACUUGGUGGACUUAAACGACACUCUGGUCCUCGUGACAGCCGACCACUCGCAUGUCAUGACGAUAAACGGUUAUCCCAGAAGAGGGAAUGACAUUUUGGGUAAGUCAUUUAAUUACGAAAAAGUGACGGAUGGGCUUCCCUUUACAACGCUCAUGUUCACCAACGGCUUCGGUUUCAAUUACACUUGGAAUGGAGAAAAGCAAGGACUACGUAGCCCUCGCUGGUGUAGCUACGAGGAAGAGAUCCGAGACUCACAGGGGGAGGACGUAGCUGUCUAUGCCGUGGGACCCAUGUCUCACCUGUUCCAUCGUGUGCACGAGCAGACCCACGUAGCCCAUGUCAUGGCUUACUCCGACUGCAUCGGUCCCUACAAGAACUGUGACCGGCCCGUUGGUGUGAAUGUAAUGCUUGAACGGAUGCGCUGGUUGUUAACUUAUGCCCUUGCUGUUUGUGCUACAUUGGUUGAUUUAAAGGCUAAUGCAAUUGUGCAAGGUGGCAGACUCAUGAGAAAACAUUCGUACCACAUGGCAGCAAAGGGGAGAAAACUGCUAGUGAAAAGCGGCGUACGAAUCCGUGGACUUUUACACAUCGAGAGAGACUAUAUAACAUUAUAA